AUGCCCGACGGCAAUGUUCGCUCCUCCUCCGACAAAAGCACAUUCAAAACCCUCACCCGCGAACGAAAUUUUAAACACCCGGCCUCCAGCAGUUCCACUGUUCCCAUCCUCGAUGAAUUCGUUGCGCCUCAUAUUGAAUCCUUCAACGCGCUUUUCGACGACUCUGGUUUACCGUCAGGUGAUGGUGACGGUCGUGGAAUCCUGAGCCUGGCUAUCAAGGACAUUGGUGAACGGGUUGUCUUUGACGGGAAUGGUCAAAUUGGGUCCGAGAGUGGUCCUAGUGGGUGGGGAAACCGAAUGAGCAUGUGGAUCGAACAGGUUUCUAUAUCAAGGCCCAUGGUACCCGACAAGGAUAGACAGGCGACGGAGCGUAAGGUCUUUCCUACCGAGGCUAGGGAACGCCUCACCUCCUACCGCGGACGUAUGACCGUCAAAAUAUGCUGGAAGGUCGACCAGCCUGGGCAGCCGGAGAAAUCUAUCAUCAAAGAAUGCGGCCUUGUACCUAUCAUGGUUCGGUCAGUCAGAUGCAAUGUCCGCUCCAUGUCGUCCGCCGAGCUCGUCAAGCACCACGAGGAGCCCGAGGAAUUUGGUGGUUACUUCGUCAUAAACGGAAACGAGCGCCUUAUUCGCUAUCUUAUCCUUCCGCGCCGAAAUCAUGUCAUCGCCCUGACCCGACCUUCGUUCGUCAACCGAGGACCAUCAUACACACCCUAUGCUGUCCAAAUUCGAUGUACGCGUGUUGACCAGACAAGCGUCACAAACACCCUACAUUAUCUCUCCAACGGCAGUGCCAUGCUUCGAUUCAGCUGGCGAAAACAAGAGUAUGUUGUUCCUAUCAUGCUCAUCCUCAAAGCCUUGGUGGGUGCGUCGGACAAAGAAAUAUUCGAAGGCGUCAUGAUGCAGGACUAUGACAACACCUUUUUGACGGACCGCGUGGAGCUUCUACUUAGGAGCUAUAAAAUGUUUAGCUUGUACACAGGCGACCAAUGUCUUGAAUACUUGGGUGACAAAUUUCGUGUGGUUCUCGGUCUACCUGAAGACUGGACGAAUCAAGCCGUUGGAGCAUGGCUGGUAAAGAAGUUGGUCCUCGUACAUCUGGAGGACCCUCGUGAUAAGUUUAGAAUGCUUCUGUUCAUGUUGAGGAAGUUAUAUGCUAUCGUUUCCAAGACAUGCUGCGUUGACAACCCUGAUUCUCCUCAACAUCAAGAAGUUCUAUUGCCUGGCCAGUUAUAUGGCAUGAUCAUCAAAGAGAAACUUGAAGAAGCUUUGACCCAGAUUCGAAAUCAGAUCGCUCUAGAUGUGCGGAAACAGGACUCCACAGUCGAUUUCUUCAAUGAUCGUUAUUUCCACAAAGUCUUGUCACGCGUCAAUUUCGAUAUUGGAGCCAAAAUGUCCAACUUUCUGGCAACAGGUAACCUUGUCUCUCCGUCGGGUUUGGAUAUCCAACAGGCCUCGGGCUUCACAAUUAUUGCGGAAAAAUUAAACUGGCAUCGAUAUAUCAGUCAUUUCAGAUGUAUCCAUCGUGGCGCCUUCUUCGCGGAGCUGAAAACAACCACUGUCCGCAAGCUUCUGCCUGAAGCUUGGGGCUUUCUUUGUCCCGUUCAUACUCCCGAUGGUUCGCCUUGCGGCUUACUCAAUCAUCUUUCCCGGACAUGUCGCAUCGUCACUUCACCUCUGGCCGUUGCACACAUUCCCGGCCUUCUUGUCGCGCAUGGCAUGACACAGGCGUUUGUGCCGUCCGUGGACGGAAGUAAAAAUCUUUGCGUUCAACUCGAUGGCCGCGUUAUCGGUUGGGCACGACCGUCAGUAGCAAAAAACCUCGCAGCGAGUCUGCGAAUAUGGAAGACCGAGGGAAAGAACCAAGUUCCAUUAGACCUGGAGAUCGGGUUCGUACCUACGUCUGAAGGCGGCCAAUAUCCAGGCCUGUUUUUGUUCGCGUCAAGAUCGCGGAUGAUGCGCCCCGUCAAAUUCCUGGCGAAUGGGAGAAAUGACCAAAUCGGGUCGUUCGAACAGGUGUAUAUGGAUAUCGCGGUGACGCCUGAGGAGAUCGAACCCUCGGUAUCGACGCAUGUCGAACACGCUCCGACAAACUUCUUGUCAAUAUUGGCAAACAUGACGCCGUUCUCUGAUUUCAAUCAGAGUCCACGUAAUAUCUACCAGUGUCAGAUGGGAAAACAAACGAUGGGUACACCAUCGACGGCACUAAAACAUCGGACAGACAACAAGCUGUACCGGUUGCAAAGUGGCCAGACACCGAUAGUCCGUCCAUCGCUUCACAACGAUUACGGGAUGGACUCCUUCCCCAAUGGCACAAACGCCGUCGUUGCCGUCAUCUCAUACACGGGGUACGACAUGGAAGACGCCAUGAUCCUCAACAAGUCCGCUCACGAGCGCGGGUUCGCGUAUGGCACGGUGUACAAGUCCCAGAUCGUCGACCUCAAGGACCAAAAGGGUUCGUCGUCGCGGUCCUCUGGGCCGCCGACGCUACAUUUCGGGCUUGGCUACGAUAUCCGAACGGACGGUGACCGGCAACAUCCCUGUUGCCAAUUUCUCGACAGCGAUGGGCUCCCCUUCAUCGGCACCCGCCUGUCGUCUGGGGAUUACCUCGCUGCAUACAUCGAUGACACCACCGCUCGCACGCGUUUCGUCAAGUACAAAGGCGAUGAGGUCGCAUACGUCGACGAAGUCCGUCUGCUAGGGUCCGACGCGGGCGACUCCGAGCUCCAAAAGAUCCACAUCACUCUGCGGAUCACCCGCUCCCCCGUCAUCGGCGACAAGUUCUCCUCGCGGCACGGCCAGAAGGGCGUGUGCUCGCAGAAGUGGCCCGCCGUCGACAUGCCGUUUAGCGAGAGCGGGAUCCAGCCGGACGUGAUCAUCAACCCGCAUGCGUUCCCAAGUCGGAUGACGAUCGGGAUGCUGGUCGAGAGCAUGGCGGGCAAGUCGGGCGCCAUGCAAGGGCUCGCGCAGGACGCCACCCCGUUCACGUUCUCCGAAACGGACACCGCGAUCGACUACUUCGGCAAGCAGCUGCUCGCGUCGGGGUACAACUACUUCGGCAGCGAGCCGAUGUACUCGGGCAUCACCGGGCAGGAGUUCGCGGCCGACAUCUACUUUGGCGUCGUGUACUACCAGCGCCUGCGGCACAUGGUGCUCGACAAGUUCCAGGUGCGGACGACGGGCCCCGUCGACCCGCUCACGCGGCAGCCCGUCAAGGGCCGCAAACGCGCGGGCGGCAUCCGCUUCGGCGAGAUGGAGCGCGACGCGCUCAUCGCGCACGGCACCUCCUUCCUCCUCCAGGACCGCCUCAUGAACUGCUCCGACUACUCCACCGCCUGGGUCUGCCGCACCUGCGGCAGCCUCAUCUCUCUCGGCUACGACGACGUCAGCCUCGGCGAGGUCGUCGCCGCCGCCCCUGCCCCCGCCCACGCCGCCCACUCCGACGACAGUGGUGCGGGUGCGGGUGCGGGCCACGCGGUGUCGAACCCGACCGCGGCCGGCGGCGAGUACUGCCGCGUGUGUCGCGCGGCGGCGGAAGAGGAGGACGAGCGAGAGCGCCGCGCGCUCGCGACGGGGCAGAACCCGGCGCGGGCGGGGCAGGCGGAGGUGCGCGUCGCGCUGCCAUCGGCGAACGUGCUCGGGAGCGGGCGCGCGCGCAAGGGCGGGGACCUCGACAUCGUCGCGGUGCCAUACGUGUUCCGAUACCUGUGUGCAGAGCUUGCCUCAAUGGGCAUUGCGGUGUCGCUGUCGGUGCAAUAGGGCUGUGCAGCGGGACGCGCGCGCCAUCAGUCGUUCUUGUAGCAUCUCGAUGAUCUCCUCGGAUCACAUGUUCGUCAAGGGAUAUAAAAUAAUCAUUUCGAUCUUGAUCACC